ACCGGAGCCGGCCACUCAGUGGUUUCUUGGUGACACUAGGCGGAACAACUCGAGCCUUGCCACCUCUGGUUUCUCAUCGCAGCUUGGACGCUAGGGUUUUGCCAGUGCCAGAGCGACGUCUCAGACUUUAUACUCCCCAGAUCUUGGCAGAUCACCCCAUCAGCAGGGUCUGCGCAUCGCCGCCAGCAUGAAGCUGGUUCCCGUCGCCCUCAUGUACCUGGGCUCCCUCGCCUUCUUGGGCGCGGACACCGCACGGCUCGACGUGGCGUCAGAGUUUCGAAAGAAGUGGAAUAAGUGGGCUCUCAGUCGCGGGAAGAGGGAACUUCGGGUGUCCAGCAACUAUGUUACCGGGCUCACGGACGUGAAGGCCGGGCCUGCCCAGAAUCUCAUUCGGCCCCAGGACAUGAAGGGCGCCUCUCGCAACCCCCAGGCCAGUCCGGACGCUGCCCGCAUCCGAGUCAAACGCUACCGCCAGAGUAUGAACAAUUUCCAGGGCCUGCGGAGCUUCGGUUGCCGUUUCGGCACAUGCACGGUGCAGAAACUGGCGCACCAGAUCUACCAGUUCACGGACAAGGACAAGGACGGCGUCGCCCCCAGGAGCAAGAUUAGCCCCCAGGGGUACGGCCGCCGGCGCCGGCGCUCGCUGCCUGUGACCGGCCCGAGCCGGACUCCGUUGCUCCCAGAGCCACUGGCGCGCAGGGCUCCGGCCUCCCGGGUGCAUCAGGUGCUCGCCAACCUCAUUAAGAUAUAAGCGCCUGUGGCAGCAGCGAACUCGUGCGCGUAUGCAUCUCGCCGGCUUCCCCCGACCCCCCGCCCGGGGCGGAGGGCUUCCCAGGGUCGAGCCCCUCAGCGGAUGGAAACCGGGUUGAGACAGCCGGGCAGACACCAGGAGUCCGGGAGGCACGAUCCAGGUCCAGCGGCGAGCCCUGGCUUUGCAGGAGCCCCUUCCGCCCCGGGUGCCCGGUGGGCGCAGAGGAAUGCGAGGGAGUGUCUGCCAGGCUCACGGAAGGGAAAAACUGAGAAUUAAAUGCUUGUGAGACCCCUAGGGACAGGGGUCGGAGUCGCUGCCGUGCCUUCCCACAAACUGAUUUCUCACGGGGUGUCAUCCCAUCGGGGCACAAGCCCCACUAUUACUUGAACUUUCCAAAACCUAGAGAGGAAAAGUGCAAUGUGUGUUGUAUAUACAGAGUUUAACUAUCAAUAUUUAAGUUCGUUGCUGUCAAGAUUUUUUUUUUGUAACUUCAAAUAUAGAGAUAUUUUUGUACGUUAUAUAUUGUAUUAAGGGCAUUUUAAAGCAAUUGCAUUUCCCCUCUCCCCACUUAUUUUAAUACGUGAAUGUCUCAGCGAGGUUCAACGUUUGCUGCGUGAAAUGUGUGAGGGUGUGCGUGAGAGACUGAUUACCUCUUUUGGAAGAAGGAAACACCAUGUCUCUGUAUAAUCUAUUUACAUGAAAUGGGUGAUAAGCGAAAUAGCAAAUCAAUAAAGUGUCUCGAUGCUGAUUAA